AUGCUCGACCCCAUGGAUGCGUUCCGCGCGGGGCAUCCGCGCGGAGCCGCUCCGUGUCCGUGGCGCCUGCGGCUGAGGGGGCCAGACCUCGAGCCCGAGCCCGUGGGUGUGGAAGCCGUCUCCCGCCCCUCGGGGAAGGUGAAGGCCGACGGCGACCGGAUGAACCCUCCGGACUGGUACGAGCGCGACAUGUGGCUGAACGCCGACGGCGACCUCGUCUACUUCAGCAAGAGGGACGGCCGCAAGCUGAUUUACUACACCGCCGACGACGUGCACAGCGCCCAGAUCUUCCGCCUGUCGAGGGAGCAGGCAUGCAGGCCCUGGGCCUUCCAGCUGCGGCUGCCAGCGCACGACGGCCUCGAGUUUGCGCCGGGCGAGUUCGCGGCCGCGUCCGAGGCGCAGCGCGAGUCGUGGAUCCAGGAGUUCGUGCGUUUCGGCGCCGCCGUGCAGCAGGACGGCGCCGCCCCCACCCUCCUGUGA